GCGGUGGACGUGUCGGAGCCACGGGCGGUCAGGCAUGAUAUUGCCACUUGCUCUGCUCCAUCCUACUCUUUCCAGUGCCUGCUGAAAGUGUAAGUCUUUAGAGAAGAGGAUGGUCAAAACUAGAGAGGAAUUUGAGUCUGUGGGGCAUGAACACUAAGCUGUUCCAUUCUGGGCUCUGCUAGCAAGACCCUGGAACAGAAGAACAAUGGCCACAGCCGCCGCUUCGCAGCUGAACCUGGAUGCCCUCCGGGAGGUCCUGGAAUGCCCCAUCUGUAUGGAGUCCUUCACGGAAGAGCAGCUGCGGCCCAAACUCCUGCACUGUGGCCAUACCAUCUGCCGCCAGUGCCUGGAGAAGCUCCUGGCCAGUAGCAUCAAUGGGGUUCGAUGCCCCUUUUGCAGCAAGAUUACUCGCAUAACAAGCCUCACGCAGCUGACAGACAACCUGACGGUGCUGAAGAUCAUUGACACAGCUGGGCUCAGUGAGGCGGUGGGCCUGCUCAUGUGCCGGUCAUGUGGGCGGCGGCUUCCCCGGCAGUUCUGCAGGAGCUGCGGUUUGGUGUUGUGCGAGCCCUGCCGGGAAGCAGAGCACCAGCCUCCCAGCCACAACACACUCGCUGUCAAAGAGGCUGCUGAGGAGCGGCGUCGGGACUUCGGAGAGAAGUUGACCCGUCUUCGGGAACUUAUGGGGGAGCUGCAGCGGCGGAAGGUGGCUUUGGAAGGUGUCUCUAAGGACCUCCAAGCUAGAUAUAAAGCAGUUCUUCAGGAGUAUGGGCAUGAGGAACGCAGAGUCCAGGACGAGCUGGCUCGCUCUCGGAAGUUCUUCACGGGCUCCUUGGCUGAAGUCGAGAAGUGCAAUAGUCAGGUGGUGGAGGAGCAGAGUUACCUGCUCAACAUUGCCGAGGUGCAGGCUGUAUCUCGCUGUGACUACUUUUUGGCCAAGAUCAAGCAGGCCGAUGUAGCACUGCUGGAGGAGACAGCAGAUGAGGAGGAGCCAGAGCUCACUGCCAGCCUGCCCCGGGAACUCACGCUACAGGAUGUGGAGCUUCUGAAGGUGGGUCAUGUUGGCCCUCUGCAAAUUGGGCAGGCUGUUAAGAAGCCUCGGACAGUUAACAUGGAGGAUUCGUGGGCCAUAGAGGCGGCAGCUUCUGCUGCCUGUACUUCUGUUACUUUUAGAGAGAUGGACAUGAGCCCUGAGGAAGUAGUUGCCAGCCCUAGGGCUUCACCUGCCAAACAGAGGGGUUCUGAGGCGGCCUCUAAUAUCCAGCAGUGCCUCUUUCUCAAGAAAAUGGGGGCGAAGGGCAGCACUCCAGGCAUGUUUAACCUUCCAGUGAGUCUCUAUGUGACCAGUCAAGGAGAAGUGCUGGUUGCUGACCGUGGCAACUACCGCAUACAAGUCUUUACCCGCAAAGGCUUUUUGAAGGAGAUCCGCCGCAGCCCCAGUGGCAUUGAUAGCUUUGUGCUGAGUUUCCUUGGGGCUGAUUUGCCCAAUCUCACUCCUCUGUCAGUGGCCAUGAACUGCCAGGGACUGAUUGGUGUGACUGACAGCUAUGACAACUCCCUCAAGGUAUAUACCUUGGACGGCCACUGUGUGGCCUGUCACAGGAGCCAGCUGAGCAAACCAUGGGGCAUCACAGCCCUGCCAUCUGGCCAGUUUGUGGUAACUGACGUGGAAGGUGGAAAGCUUUGGUGUUUCACUGUUGACCGAGGAGCAGGGGUGGUCAAGUACAGCUGUCUCUGCAGCGCUGUGCGUCCCAAGUUUGUCACCUGUGAUGCUGAAGGCACUGUCUACUUCACCCAGGGUUUGGGCCUCAAUCUGGAAAAUCGGCAGAAUGAGCACCAUCUGGAGGGGGGUUUUUCCAUUGGUUCUGUGGGCCCUGAUGGGCAGCUUGGUCGCCAGAUUAGCCACUUCUUCUCAGAGAACGAGGAUUUCCGCUGCAUUGCUGGCAUGUGUGUGGAUGCUCGAGGUGACCUCAUCGUGGCUGACAGCAGUCGCAAGGAAAUCCUCCAUUUUCCUAAAGGCGGGGGCUACAGUGUCCUUAUUCGAGAGGGCCUCACCUGUCCUGUGGGCAUUGCCCUCACUCCAAAAGGGCAGCUGCUGGUCUUGGACUGUUGGGAUCAUUGCAUCAAGAUCUACAGUUACCAUCUGAGAAGAUAUUCUACCCCUUAGAUGAGAAGAAAUACAUUUUCAUCUGUUUCCUACUCAACUUUCCUUCCCUUAGUUAUUGAUUAUUGAUGGUAUCAUAGAGUAGACUUGGCCUAUGUCUUUUGAUCCAGUUGGGUUGUCCUAGAAUUUUAGAAGCUCUAGUUUUUAUUGUUAGUCCCUUCUCCCUGUACCAUCCCUAAUAAAUUUAGAGCUUUUAUAGAUGCAUUACCCCAAAUAGGACACCUGGUGGUAUUAGCUGGUUUGAUUAGAAAUUAGUCACUUUCAAGGCUUUAGUAGAGCCACGUUAGCCCCUGUAUUUGAAAUUUGCCCCUGUAAUGAAUUCUUGUUGAUUUUUUCCUUUUGGUUUUGAAGUCAAUGUUGCUGGGUACAUUGUUCCUUUAAUAUUAUAAUGUGCUUGAUCUUGGAACUUGGUCUUUGACUCCAGUUGCAUUCCAUGUGCAUGCUCCAGUUGGAUCUGCCCAACCUUUCAGUAACGCUUCAGGCAUCUACCCCUGCAGCAUGAUAUCAUUGGCUCAUCACCUUUACCAAUGUGAAAGUACAUUUAAGUGCCACCAAGAUACACAGUCCCUUUGGGAAGGAAUCCCUUUUGGCUAGGGAAUUGGUGCCAUCUCAGAUUAGUCUCUUAGUGCAGAUGUGCUGGAGAAUGGACUGCCUCUAGCUGGUUAGUGUUGAAGAUGUCAGCGGGAGUUUGUUUGCCUUGUAAAGGAAUGUGUGGAUUGAAAUUAAGCCACAGCACAAGAUGAUGGGAAUAAGCAAAUACAAGUGCUUAGAUAGCCAGUAACUUAAUAGUGUCUAGGACUCAUUAUUUUUCAUACUGUUUCCACCAACCUGUAAUAGAAGUUGUUUGAGGAAUGGUAGGACAUGGGCCAUGGGCAGCAAGCUGGGGAGGUGGCCAGAUCCAUUUUCAUUACAAAAACAAACUGUUGGGUAAUGUGUUUUUUCCUCCAGUGUAUGCAUAAUAAUUGGCUUCAGAAUUUAUUACCGUGCUUCGCAUUAAAUAAUUGAUAAUUGUU